AUGGAAUCUAGUGAGUCAGUUGAUGGAGCCGAUGUCGUUAUUCCAAUGUCUUCGGAUAAACAGGUCUCUGAUAGGUAUGCUAACACUUUGUAUGGAUAUUUUUUGGGUAAACGUCUGGCUUUCCCAGUGGUGGAUUAUUUUGCAAAGAACAACUGGGUUAAAUAUGGUCUCUCUAGACUAAUGAUGAAUGCGAACGGGUUCUUUUUCUUUAAAUUCAGAACAAAGGAAGGGAUGGAUAAAAUGGUAGAGGAUGGACCUUGGAUGAUUAGAAAUGUCCCGAUAAUUUUAAAGGAGUGGUCGGCCUCUGUCAAGUUGGUAAAGGAAGAUAUUAAAGCUAUCCCAGUUUGGGUCAAGAUGCAUGAUGUGCCGUUAGCAGCAUAUACUGAGGACGGUCUUAGUUUGCUCGCGUCUAAGAUAGGGGUGCCUAAGAUGUUAGAUUCGUAUACUACUACAAUGUGUGCUGAAUCGUGGGGAAGAAGCAGUUAUGCUAGAGCUCUCAUUGAAAUUCAAGCCGGGGCUGAGUUAAAGAGGAGUAUUACUGUUGCUAUCCCAUCUUUAGAUUGUAAUGGUCAUUCAAAGGUGGAGGUAAAAAUCGAAUAUGAUUGGGAGCCUUUAAGGUGUUCAUCUUGUUGCGUGUUUGGUCAUGAAGAUAGCUCGUGCCCAAAGAACCAUCAAGUUGUUUCGAGUGGGGAUUCUGGGAAGAAAAUUGAUGAUUUUCAGGUUGUGGGUGCCAAGAAGAAGAAAGCUACUAACCAAGGUCUCCAUAUGAAAAAUCAGAAACCUAAGGUAGUGUAUAGGCCUGUUGUAAACCCUAAACCAAAUUUGUCCUUAAGGAAGCCGAUGAACAAUCAGGUAUCAACGUCUAACCCAUUUGAUACCCUAAAGGACGAUGAUGGUGGUCAGGGAUGUAGUACGGUGGGUCGUAUAGAGAAGAAGGCCAAGCAGUCUAAUGACAAGCAGGAUUCAGAUGAGGAGGAGGUCGAGGAAGUCUACAAUGAAACUAAUGAAUUUAUGACUUCGGGAACACAUCCUUCAUCUUCUGGAGCUCGGGCAAGCAACUCCUCCACAAAGGGUUCCAAUGGCUAG